AUGCCUCUCUUCCUCUGCCUCUGCUCCCACUGUUAUUCCCCCCCCCCCCCUCAGACCACCCCCGAAAAAAGGCCACGGUCCAUGGCCAUCUCGGACGGUAUCCGACCUGUACCCAUACCCGCUCGACAGGUACCUCCCACGCCGGUGUACCGCCCCGAUCAGCCCAAGAUUCAGGUGCUGCACAUCGCUCGUAUUAGCAGCAAACCGCUACCUGUGGGGACCCGGAUGGAGCUGAGUCGUGCGCGGAUCGAUCACUUCUCAGGCGCUCUCUGCGUUUCUCGGGAUCCUCACCAGCCAAGCAGCUGGACUCUCCCCACAUCCAUCCUCAUGCAGCCGGCCAUCUGGGUUGCAGGUACACGCUCAGGCCGUACAGCACUCCGGCUGCUGGUUUCAGGUACUGGUCUGCGCAUCGAGUACUGGUGCCGGCGGUGCGCGCUCACGCAGCCCCGCGGGUACCAGACGUCGCCGUCGCUACCUGCCCGCGUCCAGCCGUCAGCCCCGUAGCCGCGAGGUAUCUGGAUGCUGGAUCGCCGCUGGCUCGAUACCGGCUGGAUACGCCGCUCCAUCGACUUGUACCUCAG